AUGUCUCGAUCCAAAUCUCCAAUGAGAUCUCGAAAGAGACCCAGAUCUCCAAGCAGAUCCACAUCUCCAUCGACAUCCCAAUCUCCAAAGAGGAGAGUCAAGCGUCAAAAGAUGACACCAAAGUCUCCAAUGAGAUCCAGAUCGCCAAGGAGAUCCAAAUCUCCAAUGAUAUCCACAUCUCCAAUGAGAUCCAGGUCGCUAAAGAGGAGAGUCAAAACUCCAGAGAAAGCAAAAUCCAAAUCUCCAAUGAGAUCUCGAAAGAGACCCAGAUCUCCAAGCAGAUCCAUAUCUCCAUCGAUAUCCCAAUCUCCAAAGAGGAGAGUCAAGCGUCAAAAGAUGACACCAAAGUCUCCAAUGAGAUCCAGAUCGCCAAGGAGAUCCAAAUCUCCGAUGAGAACCAGAUCUCAAAUGAGAUCUCCAAGGAGAUCCAAGUCUCCAAUGAUAUCCAGAUCUCCAAAGAUGAGAGCAAAGUCUCCACUGAGAUCCAGAUCGCCAAGAAGAUCCAAAUCUCCAAUGAGAUCUCGAAAGAGACCCAGAUCUCCAAGCAGAUCCAAAUCUCCAUCGAUAUCCCAAUCUCCAAAGAGGAGAGUCAAGCGUCAAAAGAUGACACCAAAGAGAUCCAAAUCUCCAAUGAGAUCUCGAAAGAGACCCAGAUCUCCAAGCAGAUCCAUAUCUCCAUCGAUAUCCCAAUCUCCAAAGAGGAGAGUCAAGCGUCAAAAGAUGACACCAAAGUCUCCAAUGAGAUCCAGAUCGCCAAGGAGAUCCAAAUCUCCAAUGAGAACCAGAUCUCAAAUGAGAUCUCCAAGGAGAUCCAAGUCUCCAAUGAUAUCCAGAUCUCCAAAGAUGAGAGAGAUCCAAAUCUCCAAUGAGAACCAGAUCUCAAAUGAGAUCUCCAAGGAGAUCCAAGUCUCCAAUGAUAUCCAGAUCUCCAAAGAUGAGAGCAAAGUCUCCACUGAGAUCCAGAUCGCCAAGAAGAUCCAAAUCUCCAAUGAGAUCUCGAAAGAGACCCAUUUCUCCAAAUCUCCAAAGAUGAGAGCAAAGUCUCCAAGGAGAUCCAGAUCGCUAAAGAGGAGAGUCAAAACUCCAAAGACGAGAGCAAAAUCUCCAAAGAGGGGAGUCCAGCGUCCAAAGAUGACACCAAAGUCUCCAAUGAGAUCCAGAUCGCCAAGUAGAUCCAAAUCUCCAAUGAGAACCAGAUCUCAAAUGAGAUCUCCAAGGAGAUCCAAGUCUCCAAUGAUAUCCAGAUCUCCAAAGAUGAGAGCAAAGUCUCCACUGAGAUCCAGAUCGCCAAGAAGAUCCAAAUCUCCAAUGAUAUCUAGAUCUCCUAAGAGGAGAGUCAAAACUCCAAAGACGAGAGCUAAGUCUCCAAUGAGAUCACAUUCUUCUAGGAGAUCCAAAUCUCCAAUGAGAUCUCGAAAGAGACCCAGAUCUCCAAAGAUGAGAGCAAAGUCUCCAAAGAUGAGAGCUGAUUGA